CAACCCACGACGAGACGCUCUCGCAGAUCAUCUCCUCGUUCUACUUCUCGUACUCCUUCGUCCUCGCCCGUCAUUCUCACCAUCACAUUUUGCCCGCAAUGAAGGGCCUCAAAGACUUCCGCAGAUCCCUCAACAAGGAUCGCACAUCGGGUGGCAGCAGACCAGGGGGAAGUGGUGGUAGCGGCAGCAGUGGCGGAACGUCAUCCAAUGCCCUCUCCAAUGUCAAGGGCGCCAUCUCUCAUCAACCUCCCAAGAUGGUCCUCAAAGCCAUUACCGACUACAAAUCACGCGCUCCCAAUGAGCUCGGCUUCACAAAGGGCGAUUUCUUUCACGUCCUCACGGAUCCACUGCCCAAUGCAGAAUGGAUUGAAGCAUUCAAUCCCAUGACGGGGGCGAGAGGGUUGGUUCCUGCUGGGUCAGUGGAAAUUGUCACCAAGAGCUCGAGGCCCGGCCAAGCAGGCGCAGCUGCUGCGGGGCCCUCGUCUUCACAAUCACCCGCGCAGAGAGCUGCGGGAGCUGCGAUGACGGCAAAGGGGGGAGGAGGGUUUUAUGCGGUCGUCAAAUACGAUUUUGAGGCGGAGAGAGAUGACGAGUUGGGGGCAAAAGCGGGCGAGUCGAUGAUCGUGAUUGCCCAGUCCAAUUUCGAGUGGUUCGUUGCCAAACCAAUUGGUCGAUUGGGAGGUCCUGGCCUCAUCCCCGUAGCCUUCGUUGAGAUCAAGGAUCUCGCAACGGGUCAGGUGGUCGACAACGUCGAAGAGCUCAUUUCUUCGGGCGUCGUACCCAAAGUCGAGGAGUGGAAGAAGAUGACAGCAGAAUACAAGAAGAACACGAUUCCGCUGGGACGCUUUGAUUUUGGAGGAGCACCAGCAGCGGCGAUGGGCCCGUCGUCAUCGCAGGAUGCUCUUGCAGGCGGCGUAGUUGAACCUGACGAGCCCUCACCGUCACUGCCACCCAAGGAUGACAAGUGGGGAUCCCCCUACCCAGAUGCUGCACAGUCGCAAGAACAGCUACCUGCUGGAAUGCCGCCUGGAGAGCCCUUGCCGGCGGGCAUCAUCACGUACGCUACGGUGGAUUCAUUUCAUUUCGAGCAGGGCGACUACUGGUUUCGCUUGCAGGCAUAUCACACGGCGGGGUGGUCUGUACAUGCGCCACCGACGGCGCCGCGCACGAUGGAGGGCGAGGACCGCGAUCUCAUACUCUAUCGUGAGUUUGCGACCAUAUCGACAUGCCGGGCCUUGCAUUCCGGCGCUAAUCUGCUUCAUUCACCCUGCUCCUUCGCCCCUCCCGCAGGAUUGUACGAAGACUUCUAUGAGUUUCAAAUUGCCCUCCUCGACCACUUUCCCGCAGAAGCUGGCAGACAACUCGACGAGAACGGCAAUCAAUCCGAGCGAAUACUGCCUCUCAUGCCCGGGCCCUUGGAUAAGGUCGACGACUACAUAACAGCGCAGCGACGAGGCGACCUGGACCAGUACAUAGCGGAGCUGACUCGCCUGCCAGAAUACAUCCUGCGGUCAGAGCUGGUACGCCUGUUCUUUGAGCCUCGGCCGGGAGAUCACUGCACGACGCAUGCGCCAGGGAUGAGGCCGAGGAGUGAUAGCGGGGGAUUGGGAAGGAAGGGGUCGGGUAAAGGAAAGAUGCCUGCACAGUUGGGCGGGGAUGACGUGGAGGAGGUGCGAUCACCUCAGCCGCCGUACGGGAACGGAACAGCCAAGUACUCGGAGGACGCAACCGUUGGCCCUCAUCACGACCGUUCAGCCAGUGUCAGCAGCCGUGCACCGGAUCUCGCUGGCAAGAUGGACUCUUUAAGCAUGGGAACCCGCUCCUCAGGCCACUCUGCCUCGAACAGCAGGAGUAGCGGUCCCGGUUUGCAACCUCCGCAUAGCUACAUGCAGCGCAACGCUUCGGCGACGACGGUGGAAACGCAAAACUCGCGCGGCUCUGAGGGCAGGAUGAGCGGUGGAGCCAUCUCAGCAGGAGGGCCUGGGGCUGCCUCGCCCUCCUUCAUGAAGAUCAAGAUCUUUCACCGCGCCAAUGACGAUUUGGUGGCUAUUCGGGUUCCGCCUAGCGUCACGCACGGGCAAUUGAUGGAGAAGUAAGUGCGAGCGCAACGUACACCCGCCCCAUUUGGUCGCUGACUUCCAUUCUUCUCUUCUCUCGCCAGGGUACGCGACCGGCUCGGCGCAGACAUCAACGUCCUGCGGUAUCGCGACGCCAAUCCUGAGCCCGGCGCAAGCGGUAUGGUUCGAAUGCACGACGACGAGGACCUCAGGGAAUGGCUUGCCUCAGGCGCCAAGCUCAAUCUCUACGCCGACCGGACGUGAUGGCUCUCGAACUCG